UUUAGUAUGGUUGGUUUUGCAGUGGGGUUUCUUUCCUAUAUAAACACCUCAAAAGGCCUUUCUCAUUUAUUAAUUUAUGUAUUUUCUUAUCUUGUUUGGUGGAUUUUCACGAGUUGUGCCCCAUUAUUGUUGUUUGUUGCUUCUAAUUAUUGAGCACAUCUCAUUUUCUUUGUUUUGGGGUCCAUAUGAAUGUGUUUUUGCCAAUAAACCCCGUCAGUUUGAGUCUUAGUAAAUUUUGUUUCUCUCUGUAAAUCUGUGACAAAUAUCAUCUUCCAUGUAUGAACUUUGUUUUUCUUAAUCUGGGUAUUGAUCAAAGUUGUUCAUUUUCAGUUCAUUAGAUUCAAGGUCCCCACUUAUUCCACACACAAUAUGUUUGAGUUUAUGUCUCUGAGGUUUUAGUUCUAAAGAGUGAUGCAAAUUGGAGGGCACCCAAAAUGGCAAAUCUUGUUCCAGGUGUUCUUUUGAAGCUUUUACAGCACAUGAACUCUGAUGUGAAGGUUGCUGGUGAGCACAGGUCAUCUUUAUUGCAGGUGGUGAGUAUAGUUCCAGCACUAGCAGGAGGUGGGCUGUUCUCGAACCAAGGCUUUUACAUUAAGGUUUCUGAUUCAUCUCAUGCUACGUAUGUUUCAUUGCCUGAUGAGCAUGAUGAUUUGAUUCUUAGUGAUAAGAUCCAAUUAGGCCAGUUUAUUCAUGUCGAUCGGUUAGAAUCCGCUUCGCCGGUUCCCAUUCUUCAUGGGGUUAGGCCGGUUCCGGGGCGACACCCUUGUGUAGGGAGCCCUGAGGACAUUGUAGAUACUCAUUCUCCUGAGUUCCUUAACAAUGGUAGUAAAAGUGUCUCGGAUUCGAAACCCAGAGAGAAAAUUAAGCCACCCUUAGGUAGUGGUCAUGGUGGAGGGAAAGAUAAAUCUGUUGGGAGUAGAUCGAAUGGCAGUGCAAGGGAUGAUCAAUUGGAUAAGAAAAUGGCUUCUUUGACUAGAUCCAAAUCUCAAUCGAUUAAACUGUCAUUGAGCUCGGAUACAAAGAAGGAACCUUUGGGGAAAUUGAAGGUUCAUAGUUCGAGAUCGAUUCCAUCUUCCCCCACAGGUUGUUAUUCGUUGCCAACAUCUUUUGAGAAGUUUGCCACUGGGAUUAAGCAGCAGGCAGAAAUAAAAGGGCAGAGAAAGGGAAGCUACAAGGUAGGAUCCAUGGAGAAGCCGAGUUCUUUCCAUGGAAUGAGUCCGAUCGGAAAAAAGGUACCGGUGAUCAAAUCUUUGGUUCAAGGGAUCGAAUUAGGGGCCAAAGCUUUGAGAAAGAGCUGGGAAGGGAAUAUGGAAGUGAAAAGUAGGGACCAUUCUAAACCGAGAGUUAGCAAGCAUGAUAUCAAGCAAGAAUCUCGUAGCACUUCGGUUCCUAGAAAGAGCACAUCAAGCGAAAAGUUGAUGUCCAAGGAGGAGACUAAGCUCCAAAUAUCUUCCAGGUCACUAAAAGAGGAGAGUAAAUCCCCGGUUUCAAAUAAGAAAAUGUUGGAUGAGCAGGAGAAACCGAAUAAGCCAAGAAUUUCCAUUGGGAAGAAAUCCGGAGACCUAACUGAUAAUGGUGGCCUGGGGAACUUGGUUAAGAUUCCGGUAAACAGUAAAAGAUUGACAGAUACAAGUGUUUCAUGGUGUUCACUCUCCUCUUCUGUUUCAAAGCUCGGAAGGGAGGUCUUGAAACAUAGGGAUGCAGCACAAACAGCGGCAAUAGAAGCUUUGCAGGAGGCUGCUGCUUCAGAGGGCUUACUACGAUGUUUAAGCUUAUAUUCUGAUCUUACUACUUCUGCCAAGGAAGAUAAUCCUCAGCCUGCAGUGGAUCGGUUCUUAACCCUGCAUGCAAGCUUGAAUCAUGCUCGGAUGAUUGCAAAUUCUUUAUCAAAAACUAUUCCAAUCGGUUUGUCUCCGGAAUCUGAAGAAAACCUCUCGGAAGAGGCAAUGAAGGUCACAUCAGAAAGACGGAAAUAUGCAGCUUCAUGGGUGCAAGCUGCAUUGGCUACCAAUCUAUCGACCUUCUCGGUAUUUACCAAAGAACAUAGUUCAAUGCCGAGUCAUGCUUGCAUCUUCGAAGCCCCACAAAAAAUGAUUAAAUCAUUCGCAAACUGUAAAUGUGAUAGAUUGACAGCCCCUUCCUCCUUGCCAACUUUCAAUCCGGAAAAUAAACCCUCUGAAACAACCCUUAGGAUUAAUAAAUUCAGCAAUUCCUCUACUAGAUUAAAUAAUAAGGGAGAGAGUGAACAACCAUGUCGAAGCCCCUUGACCAUUUGA